AUGUCCAAGCGAAAGCCAUUGGUAGUAUUGGCAGGAUGGUUGGGUUGCCAGAAGAAAUCUUUGCGGCGCUAUGACCAUUUAUUCUCCCAACUCGGCUGCGAUGUUUUUUCCGCAGUUGCCCCACCUGCCAUGGUGGUCGGCUCCUGCUACUCCAAACCCAUCCUCGAACCACUCACGUAUCCACCCCAGUGGCCUGCCCACGGUUGGUCACCUGAAUCCAUGCAGGGCGUUGCGUGGGAAGUCUUGCGAUACAUUCACAAUCACAACUGCGAGUAUUUUGUGUUUUACGCCUUUUCCAAUGGAGGCUGCUUUGUCUGGGAGCAACUGAGUCGCAUCUUGUAUCAGCACCAUGAUUUGAUUGACAAUGAAAAUGAAACUAACAUUGAUCCAAGCAGUAUGUCGGAGAUGGACGCAGAUAUGGCCAAAGGGCGCCGCAAGUUGUUGGGUGCCCUCCAACAAAAAGCAGCGGGCGUUGUGUUUGAUUCCUGUCCCUCCCAAGAACUAGGCGAAGUUUCGCAGGCAUUGACCAUGUGCAGCUUCAGUGAGCGUCUCCAAGUGAUGAGAAUGCCAGCGGAUAGUGGCGGUGGACUCGAUGUGGCAUUCUUCCCCAGCAUGGUUUCCGCCGAAAAGAAGGAGAGAGCCAACCAAAGAGGAGCUGCGUAUCACCACGGCCUCAAGACAGAUCCUUGCGACAUCCCACAGCUAUACUUGUACAGCGAAAACGAUGCCCUGAUUCCUUCCACCGGUAUUGAUGAGAUUUACAAUCAUCGGCGAGAAACCAUUGGAGCUGAUCGAAUUUUACGUCGCAAGUGGGAGUCGUCUCGACACUGUGCUCAUUUGAUCGACCAUCCCAACGACUAUGAGACAACCAUGAAGGAAUUUCUACAGUUGACCCAGGAUCGCCACAACACCAAGCCGCAUUCAAAGCUCUAA